CGAAGAAGAAGAUUGGACGUCGAGUGCCGUAAAGGCCACGAUCACUCCUGCGCUCCUUUUCCUCUUUCUUGUACGAAACCAAAACGUUUUACAUAAGUCACUCAUUGAAAUUAUUUAUGCCACUUUUUAGUUGGAUCUACCGAACGGGACGGAUUCAGAAGGGUCUGUUCAGCGGGACAUUGGCUUUGAUAUUUUGACUCUUCCUCACAUUUUCACCCUUUCCAAACGGAUCGUCAUGGCUGAUGAUUUUGAUGUUGAGGCCAUGCUGGAGGCGCCAUACAGAAAGGAUGAGGUCAAGUCUUCUCAUGCAAACGGACAUGAUGGUCACAACAGGAAGAAGAGGCGCAGCAAGAGCAGAAGCCCAGGCUCCAAGAAAAGAAGGAGCCGGAGCCGAAGCAAAGACAGAAAAAAAGCUAAGAAGAGGAGCAAGAGCCGAGAAAGGAAGCGAAGCCGCAGUAGGGAACGUCAUCGCAGCAGCUCUCGGAGCAGAGAGCGAGCUGGGCGCUACAAAGCUCGAAAGAGCCCAGUACGCAAGCGUUCCAAAAGUCGCACUCCUGUCAAGAAGGAGAAGAGUCCAAUCAGGCAACCAAUUGACAAUCUAACGCCAGAGGAGCGAGAUGCCCGCACUGUUUUCUGCAUGCAGCUGGCUGCUAGAAUCCGAGCCCGAGACCUGGAGGAUUUUUUCUCGGCUGUUGGAAAAGUGCGAGAUGUGAGAAUGAUAUCGGACCGGAAUUCACGGAGAUCGAAGGGGAUCGCCUACAUUGAGUUUGUGGAGUCAUCCUCUGUGCCCCUGGCCAUCGGGCUGACGGGCCAGCGGCUUUUGGGUGUGCCCAUCAUUGUCCAGGCCUCUCAGGCUGAGAAAAACCGGGCUGCCGCGGCGGCCAAUAAUCUUCAGAAAGGCAGCGCGGGCCCAAUGCGGCUCUACGUGGGCUCGCUGCACUUCAACAUCACUGAGGAAAUGCUGCGAGGGAUCUUUGAGCCCUUCGGAAGGAUUGAAGGAAUUCAGCUCAUGAUGGACAGCGAAACCGGACGCUCCAAAGGAUAUGGCUUUAUAUCAUUUGCAGAUGCCGAGUGUGCAAAAAAGGCCCUGGAGCAACUGAACGGCUUUGAGCUGGCCGGCCGGCCAAUGAAGGUGGGCCACGUCACGGAGCGCUCAGACGCCUCCACCGCAAGCUCGUUCCUGGACAACGAUGAGCUGGAACGGACCGGCAUCGACCUCGGCACCACGGGACGGCUGCAGCUCAUGGCUAGACUUGCUGAAGGAACGGGUCUAAAGAUUCCCCCGGCUGCUCAGCAGGCACUACAGAUGACCGGUUCUGCGUCUUAUGGAAACAUGGCCACCCCGGCAACUCCUGCGCCGAGCCAAGCUUUAAACCUGCCAUCUCAGCCACUGGCCACUCACUGCCUUCAGUUGUCCAACCUCUUCAACCCGCAAGCGGAAAACGAUCCCAGCUGGGCCAUUGAGAUCCAAGAUGAUGUCAUCGAGGAGUGUAACAAGCAUGGGGGAGUCGUUCACAUUUAUGUUGACAAGAACUCUGCUCAGGGUAACGUGUAUGUGAAGUGUCCCUCCAUACCAGCAGCAAUGGCCUCUGUAAAUGCGCUUCAUGGACGCUGGUUUGCAGGGAAAAUGAUCAAGGCGGCCUAUGUUCCCUUACCAACCUACCACAACCUUUUCCCGGAUUCAGUAACAGCGAAGCAGCUUCUAAUGCCAACACGUCGAUAGUGAGGCAUGCUUCUGAUCAUCAGUGUAAAUACAUUUCUUUGCAUUGAUUAAAAUGUCUUUGAAAAGGCCUCAUUGAAGUUGGUUGGCUCAAGUUUGUAUGUAUGCCCUUUCAAAAAAAAAAAAAGGGCCACUUUGAGUUUACUUUCAACUUUGUGGCUUUGUGAUGUCAAGUACCACUGAAGAAAUCUGCAGAUCUGUUUUUAAAUAUUCCCGUCUCAUCUGCUUGUUUCCUCGAGUACUUGUAGAUUGAAAACAAAUAGGAUUACAUAAAUGUGUUGGAAUAUUGGGCCUUGAAUACCAAAAGUAUAUCAAUGUUGACAAUAAUGCUUUGUAAUUUUUUACAGACAUUCAUUUUUAGUAUGAAGGCUCCCAAUAAACUAUUUGAAAACAA